AUGUCUCAUAUUUUCUCAUCUUUGGAGUAUUGGCUAGUGAACCAUCCUACAAUAAGAAACUUCUCAUGGACCCCAGGCAAAACCCUUGGUUCUUCCCCACACUUCCUCUGCCUCACCAUUCUCUCUUACCUUUUCUCUACCUUCUUUUUCCCCCACAUCAUCUCUCUCCCACCCAUUGCCCCAGCAAUCAUCAAACCCAUCUCAGCCCUCCAUAACAUCUCCCUCCUACUCCUCUCCUUCAUCAUGGCCCUUGGUUGCCUCCUCUCCACCGUCUCCCAUGCACCUCACCUCCGCUGGAUCAUCUGCUUCCCUCCCCACACCCAGCCCACUGGGCCUCUCUUCUUCUGGGCCUACAUCUUCUACCUCUCCAAGAUCCUCGAGUUCGUCGACACCCUCCUCAUCAUCCUCAGCAACUCCAUUCAACGCCUCACGUUCCUCCACGUGUACCACCACUCCACCGUCGUUAUCAUGUGCUACAUCUGGUUACAAACCUCCCAGACACUGUUCCCCGCGGUUCUUUUUACCAACGCCUCCGUGCAUGUGCUAAUGUACGCCUACUACUUGUCGUGCGCACUUGGGGUGCGACCCAAGUGGAAGAAAAUGGUCACCAACGUUCAGAUCAUGCAGUUUUACUCAAGCUUCGUCGUUUUGGGUGUGAUGCUUUACUACCACUUUACAGGUUCUGGGUGCUCUGGCGUGUGGGGUUGGAGCUUCAAUGUCGCUUUCUACGCUUCCCUUCUCGUUUUGUUCGUUGACUUUCACAAAAAGAGUUACGGUGUUGGUGCAUCCUCAAAGAAGAAUAUUGGGGUCAACAACGUUAAGCCUUUCAAGGCUUUGUCUUUUUCUAAUCACACUCACAAGUGA